CAAGUACAAGGGAUAAGCUCUUAAAAUACUUUCUGAAUAAUAAAUCUACACGUCGGAAGACAUUAACAUUCUUUCAAAGCAAUAACAAAAACAGGAAUAAAGAAUCAUAUUGUUAUUUAAAACAAAAAUAUAAACAUUCAGUAUCAGCAUUUUAUAAUUUUAUACAUGUCCAUUAACAACUGCCCCCGUACAAAAACAACGUGGAUCAGUGUAAAAUUAAAUAAACAGUGAUGACGCUCGAAGCAAUAAGGUAUCGUAGAGGACAACUUGAUAUCCUUGACCAGUUACUUUUACCCUCUCAGUCUAUAUAUAUAUCAGUGAGUGACACUAAAGAUGCAUGGGAUGCAAUCAAAAAAAUGCAGGUGCGUGGUGCUCCAGCUAUUGCCAUUGUUGGUUGUCUAAGUUUAGCAGUAGAGUUGAUUGACACAGACUUCACUAAUACUGACGAUGUUGCUUCAUAUGUGGCAUCAAAACUACAGUACCUUGUAUCAGCCAGACCUACAGCUGUCAACAUGAAAGAAGCUGCUGACAGAUACACAAGUCUAGUGAAAAAAAUCACACUUGAAAAUUCAGCAUCAGUCGAGAGUGUAAAGAAAAGGUAAGCUCAAAAAUAGCAGAUGGUAUAAAAAAUAUACAGUUUAGUCUUGCUGUAAAGAUAAAUCAAGAUUUUAAAUUUUUUUUUUAUUUAAUCUCAAGUUAAUUCAAAUUCCAUGCCAUUUUAUAAAUUAUCUUAAACAGCAACCAUUAAUCUUAAAGGUUAACA